UCUCUAUGGAGUUUUUAUUAUAUUGUGGUUUUACCCUCAUUGAUAGUCCGGCGGUGCAAUCGGGAUAAUACCUGAUUGACGCAGACUUGAGGUUUUUCAAACAUUUGGGCUAGCUGUGGUAAGCUAGCACUGAACUGGUUAACCCCCACGCUCCAAUCUUCACUGCUUCCCCCUCCCCUGACUAGAGCAACAGAACGUGAACGUACUGACAGUCAGUUGAAGGGAGAGGGGCGUGCCUAGUAGGAAAUGUGUUACAAUUGUAGCCGAGAUCAUAGAGUUCCGGGACUGACAGCCGCGAUGAUACACUACUUUGUAGCGUUUCAGGUUAUCAACAUCACUCUCGUAGUCUCACUGCGGUACUUUCAAUACAUCAUAUCAGCUCGAUCCUAUGUCUGCGAUCCAGCCCAGCCAGAGAUCAGUGUGGAUAUCCGGGAAAUUAAGGAGAUUCGAGCUAGCAAGAACUCAAGAGAUUUUGACCAGUACCAAGAGGAUCCGACUGUGAGGUUGGAGCAGGCUCACUGCUUUGUUAUAUUGUACGGAACAGAGUUCAGACUAAAGACCUUGAGCCUACAAGGUGGCUCCGGAAGCAGUUCUACACAUUGGACCGGAACAGGGAAGACAAGAUUUCUGUCAAAGACUUAAAGAAUAUGCUGUCCCAAGUUAAUUACAGGGUCCCCAACAUGAGGUUCCUGCGUGACCGACUAACGGAACUGGAACAAAGGAGCCGAGAGAUUAACUAUGCCCAGUUUGCCAUGCUCUACCGAUCUCUUAUGUAUGAUGCACAGAAAACGAUACCAAUUCCCUUCACAGAGACAUUUGGAGAGUGUGAAAGGACCAAAAUAUCCUUAGAAGACUUUCAAAAGUUCCUGCUGGAUUAUCAAAAGGAUAUGUGGGCAACUGAUCUGCACAAAGUGCGGGAGUUUAUGUUCCACUUUUUACAUGACCCUCUGAGGGAGAUCGAAGAGCCAUAUUUCACUCUGAAAGAGUUUGUCACUUUCCUGUUCUCUAAGGAGAAUACAGUGUGGGAUUUAGAACUGGACACAGUGUGUCCCCAAAAUAUGGACAACCCUUUGUCUCAUUACUGGAUAUCCUCUUCCCACAACACUUGUAGAUGAUAUCCAUUGGAAAUUGGCAGUGCAGCAGUAACACGACGUGGCCAAUCUUAAAGAUGGACAGCAGGAUGCUGCAUAUCUCAAAAAGGGCAAAGGAGGCUGUGGAAAUAUUGACAGAGAAGC